CUUCCUUUCUGUCUGAUCCAUCAUGCCUAAAGGAAAGAAGGCGAAGGGGAAGAAGGUUGCACCCGCACCUUCAGUGGCCAAGAAACAUGAGGUCAAGAAAGUGGUGAACCCACUGUUUGAGAAAAGGCCCAAGAACUUUGGCAUUGGUCAGGACAUCCAACCCAAACGAGAUCUGACCCGUUUUGUGAAAUGGCCGCGUUACGUCCGGCUGCAACGCCAGCGUGCCAUCCUUUACAAACGUCUGAAGGUUCCACCAGCAAUCAACCAGUUUACCCAGGCGCUGGAUCGGCAAACCGCCACUCAGCUAUUUAAGCUGGCCCAUAAAUACCGGCCCGAGACCAAGCAGGAGAAAAAGCAGCGGCUGCUGGCUCGUGCUGAACAGAAGGCCGCUGGGAAGGGAGACGUGCCCACUAAGAGGCCCCCUGUUCUCCGCGCAGGUGUGAACACUGUGACAACACUCGUGGAGAGUAAGAAGGCUCAACUGGUUGUCAUUGCUCAUGAUGUGGACCCCAUUGAGUUGGUGGUGUUUUUGCCAGCCCUGUGCCGAAAGAUGGGUGUUCCCUACUGCAUUGUAAAGGGCAAGGCCAGACUGGGCAGGCUGGUGCACAGAAAGACCUGCACGAGCGUCGCGUUCACCCAGACCAACCCUGAGGACAAGGCUGCUCUGGCCAAGCUGGUGGAAGCCAUCAAGACAAACUACAACGACAGAUACGAGGAGAUUCGUCGUCAUUGGGGUGGAAACAUUAUGGGCCCCAAAUCCACAGCUCGCAUCGCCAAACUGGAGAAGGCUAAGGCCAAGGAGCUUGCCACCAAACUGGGUUAAGCUCUCAGUCCACUUGUUUAAUAGAAAAAUAAUAAAGAAAAAUCCCCUGAAA